CACGCGGGCCGGAGUGCAAGCGACCUCGCCAAUUAUCAGCAUUGUUGUGAUAGAAAGAAAGCGGACAAGCAGAGUGUUAUUAGCGUGGGAGAGUGUUGUUUUAUGGAAGUGGACAUGAUCAUUGACGACAUAGGCAUGGAGACGCCAGACGGAGAGCUGGAGGAGGCCAUGGGGAACGGAGAGAGCCUGGAGGAGCAGGAGAGCGAGCCGACCUCCAUCAUCGUGACCAACCUCCAACCCCACAUCUUCGAGGAACCUCACCAGAAGAAUAUAUUUGAGUUGCUCUUUGAAGACAUAGAUGAGACUGCAACCUUCCAGUAUUUCAAAAGCUUCCGAAGAGUACGUGUAAACUUUGCAACCCCCACACAAGCUGCUGCAGCACGUAUCAAACUCCAUAUGACAGAGUUCCAGGGGGAAGUCAUAAAAUGCUACUUCACUCAGCCUAUUGUCCUUGGGAGCAGUCGAGACGGGCCACACCUACAACCUCCAAAACGAGAGAAGCAGUUCUUGAUAUCCCCGCCGGCAUCUCCACCUGUAGGCUGGGAACCUGUUGAAGAAGCUGAACCUGUUAUCAAUUAUGACCUUAUUGCUGCUGUAGCUAGUCUAGCUCCAGGCGAGAGUCAUGAACUUCAUCCCCCAAUGGAAGAUAAGCCUGGAAUAAUAGUCCACAUUUGCGAGGAAGCAGACAACCCGGGAGGUCCAAAGCCCCAAAUCAUCCAGACACGUCGGCCACAGUCCUCCACUUAAUGCACUGUGAAUUGAUAGUCUCAUGUAUUUUAAGGAUUUUUUUUUUUUUUCUCUUUUUUUCUUUUUUCUUUUUUUCUUUUUGUCACAGAGCAAGCCUUUCUAGGAAUCUUUGGAUGAGAUCAUGAGUAUGUGUGUUUUUGUGUACAUAUAUAAAUCAAGAUAUGUUGGUAUAUAUUGCAUACAUACACAGGAUGUUUGUGUAUGCAGACACACAUUCACCUGUCUUAAUCAUAAGAGCCUAAUUUUAUUAAAGGCUAUAUUGGAAAGGGAUAGCACGUAGCCGCUAGGGUCUUUUUGGCUUCUUAAGGCCCUCUGUAAUCCCAAAAAAUGAAGUUAAUAAUCUGUCAGUCUGUCUAUGUAAAUAUGUUUGUUUAUGUAUAUAUAUGUACACACACACACACACACACACACACACACACACACACACACACACACACACACACACACACACACACACACACACACA